AUGUUAGCGCUCUCAAAACUUGUGCAGUCACUGGCGUUAAUACAUUUCCUCUCGUGGGCGCUCGCUUUCACUGUUCAACAGGAAGGAGAAAAUGUCCGCAAUCAAAGGCUCAUCGAAUUCCUUGUGGAACUGAAUCAUAGACAGCGGUACCAAACUGUCUUGCUGGAAAACUGUGCAGCAAACUCUUUCGACAAGGACAUUUGGGUAAAAAUGGAAACCCCGAUGAUACAACUACGAUCCGCAACUCAGUACCAAAAGGAAUUGAAAAUACUCUUCAACCACAAUUUGCUCGUCAUGGUGUGUGUGGAGCGCAACGUUGACUCAUUCAGUAUAAUCGGUGGACUUGCGAGACAAUUGCAGCACAUACGUGAUACACAUGUAAUUCUAUUGGCGGAAGCUGACGCAGAGGUGCACCAAGAACAAGUCGUCGAAAAACUCUUUCGGCAUUGCCAAGUGCUGCAAAUUUUAAACGUCAUCGCACUUUUUAGUGAUUUUAUAAGUACCCAUUUGGUACUCACGUUCGAUGCAUUUCCUACUUUCAAACUGACGGCCGUUCCAUUCAUGCCGUUUACGAACUAUUUCCCCGACAAAACUCGCCAACUCCACGGUCAUCCAAUCUACACAGAGCCCGAUCAGAACCAACCGAGAUCGUUUCUGUAUCGAGACCUCAGUGGUGCACUGAAAAUGUCCGGUUACAUAGGCAAACUGGUGGAGGCCUUUGGACAACAUUUAAACGCCACCUUGCGUUUUCCGCGUCUUAUUAACAUCAACGAAACUAUAUAUCAAAGAGAUCAGCACAACAGCACGCGGUCGGGCGUCAUCGACUUUGCAACCAGUUUGAGUUCUUACAGAUUCUUCGCACCCGUUCAGGAGUUCACAUAUCCUUUCGAAUUCGCCAAGUGGCUGAUAAUGCUGCCGGUAGAGCGCGACCUCGAAGUGAACGAAAUUUCGGGUAGAACAUUUUGGGGUGCGCUCUGCUGUCCUGGACAAGUCUUUCGUGGCAUUUUAGGUCAAACAUUUCCAAUGUGUCCGCACAACAAUUGGCGAAUGAGCUAUAUUUAUUUUACAAUAUUCCUUGUGGGACUCAUCACCAGUUGCCUGUUCGCAGUGUAUUUGAAGACAUUUCUUACCCAACCGCCUACUAAGUCGCGUAUUAGCAGCUUCGAGGACCUUAUAAAAUCGGAUAUUCGUUGUCUUGUUAAUGAGAAAGAGGUCCCAAUUGUCAUAAAUCUUUUUGGCGCUGCUGCCUGGUCACGUUACAAAGACGGAUUUGAGAUAAUAUCGUCUUGGUCAAAGUUUUUGUCACUUCGUUUGUCUCUAAACACCACCUAUGGUUAUACUGUCACCACUUCAUUGUGGCCCUUCAUCCAGUUGAAACAAUCGCUCAGACGUCGGAAACUCUUUCGGCUCGCCACCGAUUUUAUAUUGGACGACUGGCUCAUCCUGGGUAUGCCUAUUAACGAGAACUCCAUAUACAAACCGGCGUUAAAUCGGUUUAUUGCGUUGGUAAAUGAAGCGGGACUUAUCAACCAUUGGCAAGUUAUGACCUAUUACGACAUGAAAGCGAUUGGUGCCAUAAAUUUGGAUUAUAACGUGGAUGACUCACGGCAGUACAACAUACUGGUUCCCAGCGAUUUUUACUGGAUGGCCUGGAUGUUUGGUUUUGGUACGUACUCAUAA